AACCUUUUCCUAAUGAGUUUAUGGUCUCAGUCGCUACUUUCAAGUCUUCUUCAAUACAACAUGAUGUUCAAUUUGUCAAUUAUGGUCCCAUUUAAUUUAAAUUUGACGAUAAAGCAGGGUAUGCUUUAUGGCGUGGCUACAUUGUGAUUAACAAGUUGGUACUAUGGCGACAACGUUGGUUAGGUAACGUAAACAUGGCGUAACCACAGAUUCACAGAGUAUAGACGUAGCCUUAGUCGUAGCUAUUUCAGUAUGUUUUCAGUUCAAGAAAGUUAAUUGUAACAUUUUGGUCGCCUAAAAAGUCUUGUUCAGCGUUUGGUUGUACUAAAAAACCUUCUAAGAAGUUGGAUGUUUAGUCUUUCCGUCACACCAACCAGGUUGCCACACGUUUGUAUGCAAACCUGAGAAGAAUUUCCCUCAUGCCUGAAAGAAAAGUGUGUGACACAUGAGAAACAGGAACACCAGUGCAAGGACUUGUUCAUGGCUUGCAACCAAAGUAUUCUUUGUUUUAGGUCAGUUCUUCCUUCUGCAUACCAUGCGGUUUUGUCGACUCACCUUUCCAGUAAAGGUCACAGCUUCCUGCUUUCUGCUUUUACUUGUCAUCAUGCGUUACAACAUAAAAUACAAAGCAUUCCAACGACCAUCACACCAUCAAGCCAGCAUACCUGUGGACGGCCUGGUUCCCAAGUGUCCACCUGGCUUUUACAGUAAACAGGAACUCAAGCCUCACUUUCAGAGACCUCUUCAAGAUCCCACAGCACAGGGCGCAAAUGGUGAAGCCUUCGAGUCAGACUGGUUGACUUCUGAAGAAGAAAAAGAGCAGUUACGUGGAUUUAGUAAAAACCAGUUCAACCAGUUUGCCAGUGAUCGAAUCUCCCUGCACCGUGAUCUAGGCGAAGACACACGGCACCCAGAUUGCUUGGAACAGACGUUUCGGCGUUGUCCUGGCCUCCCCACCACCAGUGUGAUCAUCGUGUUUCAUAAUGAGGCCUGGUCCACUCUGCUGCGGACCGUCUACAGCGUCUUACACACAGCUCCUGCUGCCCUGCUCACAGAGAUCUUACUGGUGGAUGAUGCCAGCACAGAUGAUCACUUGAAGACUCGUUUGGAUGAGUAUGUGCAGCAGCUGAAUAUAGUGCGUGUGUUACGUCAGAGAGAGAGGAAAGGCUUGAUCACAGCCAGGCUGUUGGGGGCGCAGGCUGCACGAGGACAGGUCCUCACCUUCCUUGAUUCCCACUGUGAAUGCUUCCCUGGAUGGCUGGAGCCUCUUCUAGCUCGGAUAGUAGAGCAGCCUACUGCUGUGGUGAGUCCAGAAAUUGUCAGUAUUGACGAAGAUAACCUAAAGUUCAGUAAACCAAAUCCUAAACCCCGUCAUCGCAUUCGAGGGAAUUUUGACUGGAAUCUCAAAUUUGGAUGGGAGGUUGUCCCUGAAGAGGAGAAGAAACAAAGGAAAAAGGAGACAUACCCUAUUAGAACCCCUACCUUUGCUGGUGGUCUUUUCUCUGUAUCCAAAUCAUACUUUGAGCAUAUUGGAACUUAUGAUGACCAGAUGGAGUUCUGGGGAGGUGAGAAUUUGGAAAUGUCUUUCAGGGUCUGGCAAUGUGGAGGUCAGCUGGAGAUUAUUCCUUGUUCUGUUGUAGGGCACAUUUUCCGCAAAAAUACCCCCCACACCUUCCCUAAAGGCCGUUCUGUGAUCACCAGCAACCUGGUCCGCCUGGCUGAGGUCUGGAUGGACGACUACAAAUGGAUCUUCUAUCGUGCAAACAGAAAGGCUGCUUUUGUAUUUAAAGAGAAUUUAUUUGGAAAUCUUUCUGCACGUCAUAAACUCAGGGAGAGAUUAAAGUGCAGGAACUUCUCUUGGUACCUGAACAACAUUUACCCAGAGGCCUACGUGCCUGACAUCAGGCCUGUUAUGCAUGGACAGUUGGAAAACACUGGUUGGAAGUGCUGCCUGGAGGCAAGAAAGAAAACUAGGCGAUGGAGGCCUGUUGACAUGUUAAAAUGUAACAAUGAAGGUGGAGCGCAGUAUUUUGAGUACACAUCCCAGAAAGAGCUACGGCUCAGCGCCGGCAAAUUUGAGCUGUGUUUACAUGCAACCCCUGGAAGAGCUCUGGUGUCUCUUGAACUGUGUCAACUGAAGGGAAAUGUAACCACAGCAGCUCCUGAACAAGUCUGGAUCUUUACACAGACACACCAUCUAAAGAACCCCUCAUCAGAAAAAUGUUUGACAAUAGCAGGAGGAAACGUGAUGGUGACUACCUGCAAAUCCACCAGUGCCAGUCAAAGCUGGGUCUUCAUCUGACACCAAUUAUGGAUUUUUCUAUGUGGACUUGUGCAUUUAGCUUUACUUCAAGGAUAUUUUCAUAUUUUUUCAUGUCUAUUUUAAUUAAAUACUUGUGGAUUUUGAUGCUUGUCUUUUACACUGGAUUGGCACUAGGAAGGGAUCAUGUUACAGCCUCUGCUUCAGUGCACAUAUGGCAUGUUUGUAUUGAAUUAAAGGAUGAGUCUGGUUAUA